ACUACAACCCCCAUGAUUCCUUGCGCUGCGACGGUGAGCAAGAUGGCGUCGGACGGCGGCCCGGCGGCGGGCGGCCCCCCAGCCUCGCGCCCGGUCUCGUUCGGGUUCACGCGCACGACCGCGCGCAGGCGGCUCGUGGGGGAGGGCGGGGCACGGGCCGCCCCGGAGCCCGACUUCAUCAGCGCCGUGGAGGGGAGCGAGCUGCGCAGCCUCCGGCCGGCCCCGCCCCCUAAGGCACUCAUCAUCCCCUUGAUCCAGCGCAACCAAUGGAAGAAGCCGGAGACGCCCCCUGUGGGGGCCCCGGACCACCAGAAGGAUGAUGGCGUGGAGUCCCAGGCCGUGAGGGAGAUCAUAGAGGAGUGCCGGCAGUCCCAGGAGCGGUGGGAGAGCGGCACCAAGGCUGACCCCAACCUGGCCAUCCCCCUGCUCCUGCAGAACCGCGUCCCUGACGGGUACGAGGACAGCGACCGGGUGGAUGUGAGCCUGCGGCCAGAAUCGUCGACGGAGGCAGAUUACGAGGUGGUUCCUGUGGAGGCCUACGGCGUUGCCAUGCUGAGGGGCAUGGGCUGGAAGGCGGGCGAGGGCAUCGGACGCACCUUCAAGCAGGAUGUGAAGCCCCUGGAGCACCAGCUGCGCCCCAGGGGGCUGGGCCUGGGAGCCGACCGCUCGGCCAUCCAGGACCUGCAGCCGGCCCGCCCCCCACGGCCCCCCAAGCCGGGCGAAGAGCGCCAGGGGGGCGAGGAGGAGCCACUGGGGCUGGUGGCCGGGGGCGCCGUGCUGAUCAUGGCUGGGCCCCACAAAGACCUCUAUGGGAAGAUCGAAGGUGUAGACCCCGAUAACGCCCGGGUGAUGGUGAAACUGGCCAUCGGGGAUAAGAUCGUCACCAUCAGCCAGCACAGCCUGCGACCUGUGACCCGGAAGGAGUAUGAGAAACUAGCCAAGGAUCUGAGCCGCUUAAGCAAAGCCCACAAGGAAAAAGAAGAGAAGCAGAGAAAUGGACCCACCGACACCCCGGACGCCAGGGUCCCCCGAGAGAAGGGGGAAGAGAAGGACAGAAAGAGGAAACAGCCAGCAGACUCAGAGAGCGACGCCCGCGCCGGGAAGCAGACUAAAGGCAGCAGCAGCAGCAGCUCCUCGUCCUCCCGCUCCCCCCACUGGCUGCGGCGAGAUCUGCGGGUUCGCUUCGUGGACAAGCUCUACAAGGGGGGAAAAUACUAUAAUACCAAGAUGCUGAUUGAGGACGUGCUGAGCCCAGAUACGUGUGUCUGCCGGACGGAGGAGGGGCAGGUCUUGGAUGGCAUCCGGGAGGCCAUGCUGGAGACGGUCAUCCCCAGGGGCACCGCGGACUGGGUGCUGGUGGUGCUGGGGGAGCAUGCUGGCAGGGUGGGCCGGAUCCUGCAGCGCGACCAGCAGCGGAGCCGGGCGCUGGUGCAACUGCAGCGCGAUGAGGAUGGGGACGUCCUGGCGCUGGACUACGACGCUGUCUGCCACUACGUGGGGGGCACCGAGGACGACUGAGCCCCCUUCCCCCCUCCCCCCAUUCUGCUGGACUUGGGAUGAGGGCACGUCCUCUCUGGGGAGUGGCAGGACGUGGAUGGAGUCCGGCAGAGGGGGAACGUGGCCGCCAUGGCUGGGACUGAGUUCUAGAACAACUUCUGUGGGUUCCAGAGUAGUGAUUCAAUGGGUUCUGGAGCAGGAGCAGCAAGAUCUAGAACGUGACCAGGCUUGGGCUCUAGAGUGAGGCUUCGACUAGAGUGAGAUGAAAGCUGGGUUCAGGAGCAGAGAUGAUGAGUUUGGGGAUGGUUUUUAAAUGGGCUCUAGAGCCAGGCCAAUGUGUUUUGGAGCACACGUGGUUUUGGGGUCUCAAGGAAGCCUCAGUGUAGGUUCUGGAGUGAGCUUUGAUGUGGGACACAGAGUAUGCACAGUGGGUUCUAGAGCAAGGUUCUAGGGUGGGGUUCAAACUGGAUCCAGUGACCCUGUAAAGUGGGUUCUGGAGCCUAAUGGGCUCUAGAGCCAGCGUAGAUGUGGGCCUGGGAGCUAGAACCAUGGGGUUUGAGAGCAAGGUUUACAGUGUGAACUGGAGGGAGGCCCCUGGGUCCUAGACCCAAACCAGACUGUUCUAGAGUGGGGGGGGGGUGUUUACGGUAGAGAUGGGAGUCGAUUCUAGAACAGUGAGUGAUUUCCAGCAUGAUGUCGCCUGUGAGCUCUGGAGCAAGUCAAGCUGCUUCUGGAGCGCCCGGGCUGGGUUCUAGAGCAACCCUGGCCCCUGCUGUGUGUGGGUGACCCCAGAACCCAUCAUUUCUGGAGCAGUGUUCCAGAGCCAGCAGGAUUAGGGGCAGGGAUGAAAGGGGAGCCCCCCCUGCCCCUUUGGCUGUGGGAGAUUGCGGGAUAGGAGGGCGUCAUGGGCAAGUACUGUCUGCAGAGGGGGGCUCAGCAGGAGACCUGGCAGGACCCGCCCCCCCCCCCCCCCCCCGGCUUCCAAGAUGGCUGCUGGGCCUGUGACAGUCCUUUGCUCACGGGCACUUUGUAAAGCAAAUGGUAUCAAAAAAGUGUAAAUAAACUGUGAUAGUUCCCCCCC